AUGGAUAUGGACAAUUUUCUUGAUUUUAUCGAAUGGGUAGAAUAUGUGGGAGAAGCAGGUUCAGCAGGAAGGAUGCCCAAACGGUACAUAAGAGAUGCGCAGAAUCCUUUUGAAUUUUAUGAAGAUGUUGAAUUCAAGCGACGGUAUAGAUUCUCAAAAUGUAUAGUGAUAGAUGAAAUGUUGCCACUUGUAGCAUGUGGACUAAAUUUAGAAAUUUUAAAUCUUGUUGCAAGACAUCCAGGUUCUACACAUGACAAUGUUAUAUUUGGACAAAGUGGUCUACAAGUAAAAUUUGAAAAUAAUGAAGUACAAGACACAAAUAGAAAAAAGCUGGAAGACUUAUUGCCUCAGGCCUUGAAGUCUUCCACAGAAGCAGAGUCAAUUCGGCAGAAAUUUGAAGACAGACAGUUACACGCCUUCAAGCCUAUUCAUUUGGCAGCUUCUCUCCUGGAUCCCAGAAGCCAGGAAUUAAUAAUGAUAGCACAACAACAAACUGACCGUUGUGAAGUAAUAUGUCAAAUCGGACGAAACAUCAAUAACAUUGAUGAUCAAAAUCUUAUGGUAGAACUUGCUAUGUACAGAUAUCGAGAGAGCAUUUGGAGAAAGAAGUUUGUUUGGAAGACUGCUGAAAAUGAAAGCAUAAGUGCUUUGUUAUGGUGGAAAACCUUUUAUCAAAAUACUGACUUAGAAAAGGUUGCAAUAAGAAUUUUAAGUGUGCCCUCAACAUCUGCCUCUGUGGAAAGAUCCUCCACGUUCUCAUUUGUACAUGAUAAGAAGCGACAUAAACGGAAUACCAACAGAGCAGGAAAACUAUGCUACAUUGUUCAUAACUGCAAAGCUUGGGAGCUUGGGGCAAUAGGGGUAGAAGAAGCGCCGUUGCCUGAGUGCAUCGUCUCCAUAGAUCUUGCAAGUCUCGAUUCAAUAUUAGCAAUGUUAGAAGACAGCUCUGUUUGA